GCCAUUUCGGGCCAAAGCAUCUUGCCCGGUUGGCCCAUGCAGCUGCCUGCCUCUCCGAAACUUCACUGGAACUCCGCGAGGCUUUGGCACGCGCAGCUCGCCUCGCACCUGCGGCGUUUGAGCCGUCUGACUUGGCCAGCCUUGCGCAAUCUUUCCGCUGGUUGAAGCUUCCGGACGAGUUCUGCCAGGACUUGGCAGAAGCCAGUCAGUCGCCGCCCCCAGCGCCCGAGGGGAAAAAGGACCCAAACGUGAUCACAGG